AUGGCAACAAAUCCUCCACCACCCUCAAUCAUCCGCCGCCAACCGGGCCCCUCCAUAGCCACCCGCCAACAACAACACUCCUCCGACCGUGGGUCCGGCACCGCAACGCCUACGACAGGCUCCGCCACACAGACAAUCACCUCUACGCCUACCUCUCCGCGCAGCACUUCGCCGAGUGAAGGCCCACCCCUCGUUCUGCGUCUGCGCGGCGCACACGAUACUCUUCGACGACGUAGGCGAGGUCAACAACCGCAUGAGCAGGGUCAGGGUACUAUUAGAACGGGGAUAAGAUGGGCAGAAGAUGUGGUCGAUAACGAGGGGUUGGGGAGGAAGAGUAGCAAGGUGUGCUGUAUAUACCAUAAGGCACGGGCGGUGGGUGAGUCUAGUAGCGAGGAGGAUUCGAGUGAUAGUGACUCCGAUGCGAGCGGGAGUGAUAGUCCUGGUGAUGGGCCGAGGAUGGUUGGUGGAGCGAGGGGCCGCAAGAGCAGAAGAAAAGGGCAUAAGCACGAGCAUGGGGAUGACUGCGGAGAUGGUCAUGGCCAUGGACAUGGUAGUGGGAAGAAAAGGCCGAGUCCCAACGCGUAUGAAAGGAUGCCGAGGUAUGGCAAGGCGCAGAAGGACGAGGAGGGCGGUGGGAAGGCGUGA